AUUGUCCCAUCAGAUAAAUAAACAAUCCAUUUCACGAGAAACGAGACGUAUUUUCGUAUAAGUUGGUGUUUUUUAGGUUUUUCUCGAUUUACAGCAUUCAAGAGUCCUUUUUUAACCACAAUGUCGGAUAAUGAACAAGCUUCGGUUAAGGUGGAGUUCAAAUCCAAAGCAAGGAAACAAUUUCGGAAACGCAUAAAGUCGGAGGACGAAGACAAACCUGAUGAAGACAUCCUAUCCAAACUAGAGGAAACGAAGGAAAAACAGAAGCUACGGAACAAACCCAACGGGGUGAACAUAUUGACUCUGGCUGUUGGCAAGAAAAUUACAGUCGAAGAAGAAGUUACCAAUAAAGAUUUGUUCAAUGCAAAAGCGGGAGGUAUGGUGAACAUGCAGGCAUUAAAAUCCGGUAAAAUCAAAGCUGUUGAUGAUGCGUAUGAUACAGGAAUAGGAACACAGUUUUCCGCCGAAACCAAUAAGCGAGACGAAGACGAGGAAAUGAUGAAAUAUAUCGAAGAGCAAUUGAGCAAAAAGAAGGGAGUCGCCAAGGAUACCACUAAAGAGCCAGAGGCAGAAUCAUCUCAUAAAUAUCUUAGCCCAGAAGAAGCAGCUCUCCUUUCGUUACCUGCACAUCUCAGCCAAACAUCCACGCAAAGAUCCGAAGAAAUGUUGUCCAAUCAGAUGCUGAGUGGCAUUCCGGAAGUGGAUCUCGGAAUAGAAGCCAAAAUCAAGAACAUUGAAGCUACAGAAGACGCAAAGAUCAAAUUUCUCCAGGAACAACAAAGAAAGAAAGACUUGCCGUCUCAUUUUGUGCCCUCUAAUAUGGCGGUUAAUUUCAUGCAGCAUAAUCGGUUCAAGAUUGAUCAGCCGGUGCAGCAAAAACGACGUUACACCGAAGUACAACAACAUCGGUCCGGGGAUGAGAAAAUCCCGAAGAAGGCAACCGAUGACUAUCAUUUCGAUAAGUUUAAGAAACAAUACAGGCGUCAUUGAAUACUGA